UCAAAUGGCAUCCUCAAUUUUGGCUACAUUAUGUUCCAGUUGCUGGUGGAGACGAUCUAUUCGGCCUCAUUGCGCAAAUACAUCUGGCAGCGCGACUGUGGUACUGUGAUGUUGAAGUUCACGCAUUUCAUUCCUAACAAAUUUCAGCUAUUUCGUUUCAUCGCAGUCAUCACAAUUUGCUGGAUUAUAUUUUGUAGCCAGGUACUGCCGCAUGGUACCAGAAUGCACAACAGAUUCUGUUCUUCGAAUGCUACAAAUAACAGUAGCACAGAAUUGGUACCUGAUCCUGUGCGUCAGUAUGCCGUGGAAAACAAUUUGGUACUUCCCGAUGAUCUCAAGAAACCGAGCUGGUGCAAGCAAAAGCGAAGUAUGCUAAAUCCGAUGCCAGUAUUUUACGUGCACAUCCAGAAGAAGUAUUGGCAAGUGGAACCAUUCGGCUACUGGCAGCUAAAGAAGCUGCCCUGUUUUCUUAUGGCUUCUCCUGUGGUCUUUUUCGUUGCGUGCGGCUCUCUGGUGGAACUGAAUCGUCUCAGGACACUGCGAGGGUCAAUAUUUGUUGCUCUGUGGUACUCGCUGCAAGAUCCAUGCAGUUUGAUCCCGUUUCUAGUACAUUCGCUGCUGCUAACUGCUCUGGCACUGGUACUCUAUAAUGUUGAGGUACUCACUCGCAUAACUUUCUCUUCAUCGCCAUUCAUUUAUCUGGUGCUGGCGCAAUACAUGGAUCAUCGAACUCCACUAAUAACGCUGGAAGACGUGCAAUAUCCCACGCUGUUGCCAUUUUUGACGAAUUUUUCCAGAACACAUUGGUCGCACUUGUUGCUUCUGUUAUACCUGUUGGGCUAUUUAUACAUUGGUACUCUGUUGUUUGUUAAUUGGCUUCCCUUCACAUAA